CACGAUGGCAAUAUGGUCCAGAUUGGACUAAACCGUGGUGCCAGACAUUGUCGCACAUCUGGUUAUGCCGUCAGCUUCCGUGCCAAACUCAGUGAUGACACAAAGGCUAGUCAAGAUGAGAAUGUUAUAGGAGCAACAAGCCUGUUCUGGCGAUUUGUUCAGCGUUUUAUGCCCGUAGAGGUCACAAGGCACGUAGAAGAGCAGAUUGAUAUGCACGAAAUGCCGACUAUGGCCACAUCGCAUGUGCCAUCAGACAUCGGUUUUGCUCUGGAGCUUAACGAGGUCGAAUAUCGUUUCAGUCUUGCUGAGCGGGGCCCUCCAGAGGCAUAUCUGAGCCGUGGCUAUGCAGCGUAUGUUGAAAAUUCCACUUGA